CUAUUCUGAUCAGUCGAUAGAAGAGCCAUGAGUUACCAAAUCAGCGAGGCACAACUUGAAGAAUAUUACCAGGUAUCCGUGGAACUGGUCAGGAAGUGCGGUACUCUCUUCUUGGAGGGUUUCCAGAAACCCAAAACCGAUUACGAAGUCAAGUCAGCAUUCUAUGACUUGGUCACCGUGUACGACAAGCAGAUAGAAGCGACUCUAACAGAUGGCUUGCUAAAGGCCUUUCCGGAAUCCAAAAUAAUAGGCGAGGAAGCUAUGGCCAACGCCAAGACACCGCCCGAGUUGACGGAUGCCCCCACUUGGAUCAUAGAUCCCAUUGAUGGCACCAACAACUACGUGCGGAAGAUACCCCAUUGCUGUAUUUCCGUGGGCUUGGCCAUAAACAAAGAGCUGGUGCUGGGGAUUGUUUACAAUCCAUCGGCAAAUGAGUUGUAUUCAGCUUGGCAAGGUCAUGGAGCUUUUUUAAAUGGACAACCCAUUGAGGUUUCUAACGCUAAAAAGAUAAACCAAGCACUGGUGUGCUACGAGGUCUCCCUAAUCGUGGUGUCCAAGGGGCGGGACAAGAACGUGAAGCGUCUCUACAAGCUGGCCUCGAGUGCGACUGGCACCCGCAGCUUUGGAUGCGCAGCUCUCACGCUCUGCUACAUAGCCGCCGGCAGAUGUGACGCCUAUCAUGUGGAGAAUCUAAAGCCCUGGGAUCUGGCUGGCGGUGCGGUAAUCCUCAGGGAAGCCGGUGGCAGGGUAUAUCACACAAGCGGAGCCAGAUUCGAUGUGAUGAAACCCGACUGUGUGUGCACCAGCUCUGAAGAAUUGGCCAAUAAUGUAAUCCAAUUGAUAGAAGCAGCCGACGAAAUUAGCGGCUAUACUUUUAAAUAAAUUAUAAAGCUCAAGAUAUGAAGGCUAAAAAA